CAACAGCGCAGGGCGAACUCCUACUCGCUCCAGACGCUCUAUUUCUAGCUCAGAACUUGAAGAAAUUCUGCCAGCCUCCUGAUUCCAUGCCUCCUCCCUGCCCGGACAGACCAUUGCCGUGCAGGAGUGGAGGGGAAAAAAUUUUGCAUUCAUGAAACGAUAGUGUCAGCGAGAACUUUGCUCCUUGGAGCAGACAGCUCUCGCAUUUCGGCCAAAGCAAGGACAAUAGAGGCCGACGCGACCCGUUAUCUAGAUUUCGAACGAUCAAUUCGAAUACAGUGAGCCGCCUCCGGAUCCAUCGGGAGCAUGAAUCGAGUGGAAGAUCUGAUUACGUCGCAUCCGGACUUCCCCAAGAAAGGCGUUCUAUUCAAGGAUGUUCUGCCUGUGUUCCGGGACCCGAGGGCUUACCAUGCCCUGAUCGACGACUUGGCGCAUCGGAUCCGGGCGGAAGUGCCCAACUGCUGCGGUCUUGUAGGAGUCGAAUCCCGAGGAUUCAUGUUGGCAUGUCCUCUGGCUCUCAAACUCGAUCUGCCCUUCAUUCCUGUGAGGAAACCAGGCAAACUCCCCGGUGAAGUGAAACAAGCAAGUUUUGAGAAAGAAUACGGAAAGGAUCAUCUCGAGGUUCAAGUAGAAUCAAUUCAGAAGGGAGGAACCUACGUGAUCUUGGAUGAUCUGUUAGCUACAGGUGGGACCCUGAAAGCUGCCUGCGACCUGCUGACAGAGUGCGGAGCAAAGGUGGGAUGCGCGUUCCUCGUGAUGGAAAUCUCCGCUCUCUCGGGGAGAAAAACCGUCGAAGACGCAGGUUAUCGAGUCGAGUCUCUCAUAAAGUAUUGAUUCGCGGAUGAGACGAUUCGUGCCGCUUCACUAUGCAUUCCAUAUCAGUCCCGACCGGAAUCGAGGCUCGCAAUCUUCUCGGAAAGUGUCGCCACGAAAGCUCGAUUCAAGAAUAAAAUGCCAUUCGGAA